AAAUAACUCCAGCAACAGUCCAAUAUCCAAAUAUGAGCAGGGAAACCAUAGAAUCGUCUUGUUUCAAUGAUGACAGAGAUAGGCAGGAUACUAUGGCAGCGGCGGACGAAAAUUUCACUUCAUUCAUCAGUGAUGCUCAAACAGCUGCUACUAGAGAACAUCAGAUGAGUGUUUGGCAGGGGAUCAAGCUAUACCCUAAAGCUAUUGCUUGGUCCAUGGUUAUUUCAUCAGCUGUGAUCAUGGAAGGCUUUGACAAUGCCCUUAUUGGGUCCUUCUAUGCCUUUCCAGCCUUCCAAAGAAAGUAUGGUCGACUACUUCCGGAUGGAACAUACGGUAUUGACGCAGCUUGGCAGGCAGGACUGUCCGGUGGCAUGAAUGCUGGCCAGGUCCUUGGCCUCUUACUUAAUGGCUUUGUCGAGGAGCGAUAUGGCCAUAAGAAGACAAUGCUAGUAGCUCUAUUCGCAGUUGUUGCACUGGUCCCUAUGCUGUUUUUUGCCGAGAACAUCCAGACACUCGUCGCUGGCGAAAUACUUUUGGGCCUCCCCCUUGGAACCUUCCAGACACUGACAAUUGCUUACGCCUCCGAAGUCUGUAUGGUCAUUCUACGGCCUUGUCUUACCAUAUACGUCAACCUUUCGUGGGUUAUUGGUCAACUUCUUGCACUUUGUGUCCUGAGAACUCAAAUCGAAAACACAAGUGAAUGGUCCUACAGGAUUCCCUUUUCCAUUCAAUGGGCGUGGCCUGUCUUAAUCAUUGCAGCUGUCGUGUUCGCACCGGAGAGUCCAUGGUGGUAUAUUCGCCACAAUCGCCGUGAGGCAGCCUUCGAUGCCCUUAACCGUCUUGUUGGAAGCGAUAAGUCUGAUUUCAACGCGAAUCAAGCAAUCUCUUUGAUGAUACAUACAAAUGAACUUGAGAAGGAUAUAUCUAUGGGAACUACCUACUUCGACUGCUUCAGGGGUGUCGACCGCCGACGAACCAGCAUCACCUGCCUCGUCUUUACUAGUCAGGCUCUCUGUGGAAUCGGUCUCAUGGCCUACUCAGCCUAUUUCUACGUUCAAGUAGGCCUACCCACGUCCGCAUCGUUCAGCCUCUCACUGGCGCAGUACGCAGCCGGUUUUCUAGGAACAAUUCUAUCAUUUCUUCUCACCUAUUACUUUGGACGUCGAUCUCUCUAUAUCAUUGGACUGUUCAUUCUUGGUAUUAUCCUGUCCACUAUCGGCUUCAUAUCCCUUGGUAAAGAACAGUCAAGUCUCUCGUGGGCUAUCGGGUGCAUAUUUCUCGCCUUCGUCUUCUUUUACAACAGUACUGCUGGAGGGGUUGGGUAUAUUCUGGUGUCUGAACUCUCCGCUACGCGCCUCCGCUCAAAGACACUUGUGAUUUCCAGAAUAUUGUUCAACGUUCUCGGAAUCGUGAAUUCCGUGAUUAUUCCAUAUAUGCUCAACCCAAACGCGUGGAACUGGAAAGCAAAAUCGGGGUUCUUCUGGGGUGGACUAUGUUUCCUACUUGCACUCCUAUCUUACCUUUUUCUUCCCGAAACUAAAGGGCGCACCUAUAGCGAAUUAGAUGUCCUGUUUGAGCAGGGAGUCAGUGCAAGAAGGUUUAAGGACACUGUAGUAGACCCGUUCCAACGUAAUGUGGAUGCAAACCAGGCACAACGUUCGCAAUAAAACCGACACUUUCAAAAGAAAUGGCAGUAGUCAGUAAGGGCAUCAUAAGGGUAUAUAUGGUCUAGAAAUAGAAUAUUAGCGAUCGACAGCUGUCGAAUUAUGGAAGUAACUAUCGAUGAGAGCAUUAGAAAGAGUACUAUAGGAAUAAGUCAC